AUAACUAAAUAAAUCAUAAUAAAUUGACAAUUUUGUUUCGUUAAUUGGAAAAUAAAUAUUUUUAAUCCGGUUUACACAAAAACAACUAAAAGUCAAAAGAGCCAAGAGAAGUUCAUUACUUACAUUUAUUUUUAUAUUGUGAUAAGUUUAUUUUUAUCUUGCCACCAGAUUAAACAGCGCAAGUACAUCAAAAUCAUCUGGCCAAAUUCCAACAUGAAUGAGUUGCAACAAUUAACGGACCAUCAUGCCUUCAUUUCACGUACUGAUCGCAAAUCGUUGUACACACAAAUCAAAAAUCUAGUACAUCAAGCCCAAGAAGUGGCCAGCAAGGAACUUAAUCAAAGGCGAAAUACCUUAAAGCUUUUGCUAGAGUAUGAGGAUAAAAUAUACGAAGAAGAAUUUGCCAAUAAAGUCAAGUCACGCAUUGACGAGGACAUCAGGGAGCGCAAAGAUAUACUGCUUAAGAUAAAGGAGGAGAGUACUAAGAAUGAGCUGGAAUUCCUGAAAUCGAAACGCAUACAACAAUACAUGAACAGUUGUUAUGAAAUACGCGAAGCUUUGCGGCGCAAAGAAACGCAAAAUAUUAAAGAAUGCCAACUGGAGCAGAUGCUGGAGAAGGAGCGGGCUGUGAGAAAACAACAAGAUUUAGAAAAAUAUUGGUUAAAGGUGCAAAACAUAAAUCUGCAGUUAAUGGAUGAACGUCAGCAGCAGGAAAAUUGUUUGAAAAAUGCUUUAGUGAAACAUGUGUCGGAUACACGAAAAGUACAAUUGUAUGAAUUGCAGGAGAAGCGUGAGAUAGAGCAGCAAGAAAAAUUAAAAGAAAAAAAUAAAUUAGAUGCUUUACUAGAAGAAAUUCGCUUAGAAGAAUUCGAUCAAAAGCUACAGGGAAAGCCGGCCCAAGUAGCAGAAUAUCGCAAUGAACUUUUAAACAUGAUAAAGGAAAAGAAAGUAAUGCGAGAGAAAGAGCAACGGGAACAAGCUGAAAUGCAUCGUAAAAUGAUGGCAGAAAUAGCCCUUUUGGAAGCUGAAGAAAAUGCUGCAGCUAAAGAGAAAAAGAAAGCUUUCCACAAAGCCACCGUAGACUUCAUACGAUUUGUUAAAGGUAUGCGUCAAUUGGAAGCACAGCAGCAAGAGGAAUUUAAUGAAUGCACAGACGAUCUAAGACGUGUGGACAUGUGCACGAAAAAUAAUAUUUUACUUGAGCGUCAGCGUAAAGCUCGCAUAGCCGAACAGUGCUAUGCCGAGUUGAGGCAACAGAUUUGCGAACAAUACGAAAAACGCUUACGCGAAGAAGCUGAACAUCGUGAGUGUAAAAUGUUAGAAAAUCGUUUCAUUCACAGAGAAAUAACGCGCAAAGAAAUGCUGGCUCAAAAACAAAAAUAUCGCGAAGAGUUGGAUAAACAAAUGGAAGAAUUGAAAAAAAUACGAGAGGAAGAAAAUGAAAAUUUCUCGAAUAAUCUUAAAAGAGCCAGCAAUGAUCCAGAAUUUUGUGCAGAAUUAGCUAAAAAAUACAUUAAAGAGGGUAUUGAUUAUUUGGAACCUCAUGCCAAUUGGCGUAUUUUAGCUUGUUCCUCCAACAAAUAUAUGGAAAAACCGCCUGCUCGCAAUAUUGAAGAGUUGCUGGGUCAAGGAGCAAUACCAAAAAAGUAUAUAGAACCUUGUGGUUGUAUUAAAGGUAACACUCCAAAGAAUGUUGAUGAUGGCAGAGGAGACGAACAAUUUUGAUAAUGAGAUUAAUUUUUAAAAUUAUAGUAUUGAACAAUUAAAUUGCUACUAACUGUUUAUUACAAAAUAAAUUAAAAUCUGAGCUUUGCC